AUGGAGCUCAGUCAUCUUCCUCUUGUGCUCUUGCUGAUUUCAAACAUCCACUCUGAAGACACUGAAGAAAAUCCUAAAGCCAGUGUGAGGAUUACUCCUGAUCUGCAUGUGUUCAGAGGAGAGUCAGUCACUCUCAGAUGUGUCAUUAAUGCUGAAGGAGUCUCUAGCUGGCGGUACAGCUGGUAUAAAGAAGGUUCAGCAGGUGUAUUCGGAUAUUUACGGGAAUAUAUAUUAAAGGUUGUUACUAAGUCUAACACAGGUAAAUACUUCUGUAUUGGCACUGAGAGUAAAGGUUCACGCAGAUCACUAAUGAGUGAUGCAGUUCCACUGACAGUAUCAGACAGAGCCCAGAUAGCUUUAAGUGUUUCUCCACAGAACUGGUUGACUGAAGGAGAUUCAGUGACUCUGAUCUGUGAGGUUCACGGCUCCUCUACAGGCUGGACAUUCAGCUGGUACAUGCUAACUCAGUCAGGCUCAUACAGAGAACGUAAUUAUCAGCUGCUUUCAGACAGCAGUAGAGGAGCUGGAGGAAAAUACACUGUCAGUUCUGUGGCUCUAAAACACACAGGAGUUUAUUUCUGCAGGGCAGAGAGAGGAAAACCAGCCUAUGCAACAAAUUUUAGCAACAAACAGCCACUGUGGGUCACUGGUGUUUCUCCUCCAGUCUCUCUGGUCAUCAGACCCAGCAGAGUUCAACACUUUACAUCUGACUCUCUUUCUCUGAGCUGUGAAGACAAGAGUAACUCUACUGGAUGGAGAGUCAGAAGAUACAGACACAGCAGGUGGAUGAGUGAUUGUUCAUCACAAACAGGAUCUACAUGUACAAUCAGCCUCACCACAUCAGACACUGGAGUUUACUGGUGUCAGUCUGACUCUAGAAAGAACUAUAAUCCUGUUAAUAUCACUGUACACUCUGGUGUGAUUCUGGAGAGUCCUGUUCAUCCUGUGACUGAAGGAGAUCCUCUGACUCUACACUGUUUAUAUAAAUCUACAACUCCAGCAAAGCUCAGAGCUGAUUUCUAUAAAGAUGGAUCAAUCGUCCAGAGUCAAACCUCAGAGAUGAUCAUCACUGCUGUCUUAAAGUCACAUGAGGGUUUCUACUACUGCAAACACCCAAAAGGAGAGUCACCCAAGAGCUGGAUCUCAGUCAGAGAAAAUCCUAAAGCCAGUGUGAGGAUUACUCCUGAUCUGCAUGUGUUCAGAGGAGAGUCAGUCACUCUCAGAUGUGACAUUAAUGCUGAAGGAGUCUCUAGCUGGCGGUACAGCUGGUAUAAAGAAGGCUCAGCAGGUGUAUUAAGUUUUUUAAAGCAAUACACAUUAUUGUCUGUUACUGAGUCUGACGCAGGUAAAUACUCCUGUUUUGGCACUGAGAGUAAAGGUUCACGCAGAUCACAAAUGAGUGAUGCAGUUCCUCUGACAGUAUCAGCCCAGACAGCUUUAAGUGUUUCUCCACAGAACUGGUUGACUGAAGGAGAUUCAGUGACUCUGAUCUGUGAGGUUUACGGCUCCUCUACAGGCUGGACAUUCAGCUGGUACAUAAUAAAUCCUUCAGGUAAGGGUUACAUUUAUGAACCGCUCUCAGACAGCAGUAGAGGAGCUGGAGGAAAAUACACUGUCAGUUCUGUUGCUCUAAAACACACAGGAGUUUAUAUGUGUGAAGCAGAGAGAGGAAAACCGAACUAUAAAACAGAUAUGAGCAACACACAGCCACUGUGGGUCACUGGUGUUUCUCCUCCGUCUCUGGUCAUCAGUCCCAGCAGAGCUCAACACUUUACAUCUGACUCUCUUUCUCUGAGCUGUGAAGACAAGAGUAACUCUACUGGAUGGGGAGUCAGAAGAUAUGGAGACAGCUGGCUGAUCAACGAUUGUUCAUCACAAACAGGAUCUACAUGUACAAUCAGCCUCACCACAUCAGACACUGGAGUUUACUGGUGUCAGUCUGAGUCUGGAGAGAAUUAUAAUCCUGUUAAUAUCACUGUACACUCUGGUGUGAUUCUGGAGAGUCCUGUUCAUCCUGUGACUGAAGGAGAUACUCUGACUCUACACUGUUUAUAAUCUACAACUCCAGCAAAUCUCAGAGCUGAUUUCUAUAAAGAUGGAUCACUCGUCCAGAGUCAAACCUCAGAGAUGAUCAUCACUGCUGUCUCAAAGUCGCAUGAGGGUUUCUACUACUGUAAACGCCCAGAAGGAGAGUCACCCAAGAGCUGGAUCUCAGUCAGAGCGUCUGGUUCAUGA